CAUCGUGCUAACCAAAAUAGCAGCUAGCAUUAGGGUCGAAAUAUGUCCACUUCUGGCUUUAAAAAUCCAAGAUGGUGGCUACGUCUGUUAUUUUAAUGCUGUCUACAGAUACCUCUAACUCCCAGUGUUUGUUGGUUUGUGAUUUGCAGGGAAAUAAAGAGCAGCCCCUGUGUGUCAUACCUGUGGUCACCUCCAGCAAGGAAGAGGAGCGGCUCAUCCAGUCCUCCACAAAGCCUGUGGUGAAGCUGGUGUACAACAGAAGCAAUAACAAGUACUCCUACACCAGUAAUUCGGACGACAACCUUUUGAAGAACAUCGAGCUGUUCGACAGGCUGUCUCUCAGCUUCAAUGGACGCGUCCUCUUCAUGAAAGACGUGAUCGGAGACGAGAUCUGCUGCUGGUCCUUUUACGGUCAGGGCCGCAAGCUGGCCGAGGUGUGCUGCACCUCCAUCGUCUACGCCACGGAGAAGAAGCAGACCAAGGUGGAGUUUCCUGAAGCUCGUAUCUACGAGGAGACUCUGAACACGUUGCUCUACGAGACGAUGCCGCUGCCAGACAACUCCCUGCUGGAGGCCACGCGUCGCAGCUACAACAACUGCGGCUCUCACAGUGAGGAGGAAGACGGGCCCGGCGGAGCCGAGCUUCGCGAGCGCGUGCGUCGAAUCCACGUCAAGAGGUACAGCACGUACGACGACCGACCGCUGGGACACUGAGACUGAAACCGCAAAUUUCGGCAGAUUUCGGCUUUUCACAUCGAUGAUGAACAUUAAGACAUGAAAUCUGUUGAUGCCCAAACGUUUCUCCUCUGAGUAGUUUUAUUAUCUUACUUUCUUUACCACUAUCUUAAAAAAAGUCCAAACUGUGGCCUCGAUGUAACUGCAUCGGACUUUGUUCUCUAGAUAGUCGUGGUGUUGUCUGCUCUGUCCAUCAUAAUUUAUUUAUGAAUUAUUAUCAAAGGACUGAGAGCAAUGCUUCAAAUAUCUGGAGAACUCUAGUUUUUAUUAAAUGUAGAUCAGUAGUGGAGGAAAAAAAUCACUGAUAUGCACUAUUUCUUAGAAGAAAUCUUGUUACAAUCAUAGCGCUUACAUCAGCAGGAGAGCAUGUUUCAUAUUUAUAGAUUGUAUUUUUCAUAAACACAUUUAUGACAGCCUGUUGUUUGCCAAAAAUGCACCUGUUACAGUUUUUCUGAAUUAGUGCCUCUAACAUGUUUUAAUGCAGUUUACCGCGAUGCCUUUUUUCCAGCUGUGAAGAUAAAAGUUGUUAUUCGACUA